CAGCCAUUUUGCACUGUUCUCUUGCAAGACUGGGUAAGGCUGAUAGACAGUUGCCGUAUGAAGAUUAUUAGGCGAAACAAAUAGCUGAUAUAUUCAAAUCUACGCAACGUUUCAUCGUGGCAGUGCAUUUGGGUAACUCCUGACAGCCAUUUGCAAGUUUCAGUGCAAAGGAGCUGAGAGAAGGUCCUAUUCCAGAGGCAACAAGAGAAGCACAGGUGAUUGUCAAAGGCACUGGAUGGAUAGCGUGGAGGCUGAAACCCUGUACCUGUCCGCGGAGCAGCAUGGGCAGCAUGAGUGCGAGCUGCCCCUCUCUGCCCUGGAGGCUGCCGCCUCGGGCGGAUCAAAGAAGAUGAACGGAACCCUGGACCAUCCGGACCAGCCGGACAUCGACGCCAUAAAGAUGUUUGUGGGGCAGAUCCCGCGCUCCUGGUCAGAGGACCAGCUGAGGGAGCUUUUCGAGCCGUACGGCGCAGUCUACGAGAUCAACGUGCUCCGCGACCGCAGCCAGAACCCUCCGCAGAGCAAAGGUUGUUGUUUCAUCACAUAUUACACACGCAAAGCUGCAUUAGAAGCACAGAACGCCCUUCACAACAUGAAGAUACUCCCAGGGAUGCAUCACCCCAUCCAGAUGAAGCCCGCUGACAGCGAGAAGAACAACGCCGUAGAGGACAGGAAGUUAUUCAUCGGCAUGAUCUCAAAGAAGUGCAACGAAAACGAUAUCCGGCUCAUGUUCUCGCCCUACGGACAGAUCGAAGAGUGUCGGAUACUGCGAGGACCUGAUGGCUUGAGCCGCGGCUGUGCCUUCGUCACCUUCACAGCAAGACAGAUGGCCCAGUCAGCCAUCAAGUCAAUGCACCAGUCCCAAACCAUGGAGGGUUGCUCCUCCCCGAUCGUGGUGAAGUUUGCCGACACGCAGAAGGAUAAGGAGCAGAAGCGCAUGGCGCAGCAGCUCCAACAGCAGAUGCAGCAGCUCAAUGCCGCCUCCAUGUGGGGCAACCUGGCUGGACUCAACUCGCUGGGCCCCCAGUACCUCGCACUUUAUUUGCAGCUCCUGCAGCAGUCUGCCUCCUCUGGGAAUGCACUCAACAACCUGCACCCCAUGUCAGGUCUGAGUGCCAUGCAGAAUCUGGCAGCGCUGGCAGCAGCAGCGAGUGGCACACAGGCCACGCCCACAGGAAGCAGUGCGCUGACCACGUCCAGCAGUCCCCUCAGUGUGCUCACCAGCUCAGCGGGUUCCUCCCCCACCUCCAGCACUAACUCCUCUAUGAAUCCCAUGGCUUCUCUUGGAGCCCUGCAGUCUCUGGCCGCAGGUGCUGGGGCUGGCCUUAACAUGGGCUCUCUUGCAGCAGGCAUGGCAGCGCUGAACGGAGGUCUGGGCAGCGGAGGUCUGGGCAGCGGAGGUCUGGGCAGUGGAGGUCUGUCAAACGGCUCGGCCAGCACCAUGGAGGCCCUGACCCAGGCAGCCUACUCGGGCAUCCAGCAGUACGCGGCUGCCGCCCUGCCCAGCCUCUACAACCAGAGCCUGCUCUCCCAGCAGAGCAUGGGCGCUGCCGGCAGCCAGAAGGAAGCAAGCGGCAAUCAGAGCACCGGUCCUGAAGGAGCCAACCUGUUCAUAUACCACCUGCCCCAGGAAUUUGGCGACCAGGAUCUCCUGCAGAUGUUCAUGCCCUUUGGAAACGUCAUCUCGGCCAAGGUCUUCAUCGACAAACAGACCAACCUCAGCAAGUGUUUCGGCUUCGUGAGUUAUGACAAUCCUGUGUCGUCACAGGCGGCCAUCCAGUCCAUGAACGGCUUUCAGAUUGGCAUGAAGCGGCUUAAGGUCCAGCUCAAGCGAUCCAAAAACGACAGCAAGCCAUACUGAGCUUUGCCCUCUAAUGGACUUGGUUAGGAAUGUUGUUUUCUGCUUUGGUGCCAUAUUACAAGUUUGCUGUGUAACCGUUUGGAGUCCGAAGAAAAGGAUGUUGCACGAUGAAAUGCCAGUGGCCAAAACAAAUUUUCCCUGCUGAAAUUGCCCUCCCCCCUUCACCCAUCCAAACCCGAUGUGAAUCCUAAUAUCUCCCCCACCCCAAUCUCUGAACUAUUAUACGCAACCCCACCCACCCACCCCAAGCCCCUGUCUGCCAGCCAAAGCUGCUCUUGUAGUGAGACCAGGGAGUCCUGCGUCAUCACUGAGGUUAUGUCACAUGUUGAUCACUGUUCAGUAUCCAGUCUCACUGAAGCCUUUUCUUUCACUUUUCAUUUUGUUUUUGUUGUUUUUUUUUGGGGGGGGUGGGGGUAGAAUUAUUGCAAGGUCUGUUAGUAUUGUUUUUAAGACAUUUAAGAAAAUAUGUUUUAUUUAUUUAUUUAUUUAUUUAUUUGUUUGUUUUUUUUUUCUGCCUUUUUUUUAUAACAAGAAAACUUGAAGUCAUUUACAAAUUCAGAUCCAAGUUUUGGUUAUCACUUGUUAUGAAACCUUUUUAUGUGAAGAACACUGACAGUAUUGCUUGCGGUCAAGAUGCAGUAUGCAGCAUAACGUAAACCUAGCUGGUCUUAAGACCACAACUGCCAUAAUGGCUAAUUUUAAAGUAAAUGAGUAUUUCAAAAUGUACAUAGGUACCAACUCACACACACACACACACCAUCACUUACUGUUCAAAACAUUGGGACCCCAUUGGGACGGAGAGAACAGAUAAUGUAUAUAAACUAUUACUAUUCUAAUUAUGAUCAUUAUUGGUUAUUGUUAUUGACUCUUUUAAAGUACUACCCUGUCCUUAUGCACUGGCAGUAGCGAGCUCUUUCAUUGCUGCUGUGUACCGUUGCCCAUGUCUGAUGCUGCUUUGGACAAAAAAGAAGAUUCUAGAAAGAAGCCAGGCAGAUCUCUGGUGUUGGCUGUAUAGACUGAACUCUAACAUUUUUACUUUUACAUUCAAAACACUCGCUCGAACAUUCCUCACCUGUAAAAAAAAAAAAAAAACACCAACAAAAAAACCCUUCACCCACCCUCUUUUAAGACUAUGGUCCUCUUGCUGUCCAUUUGUGUUAACCUUCACCAGUAGCACCAGAUCAAGCGUUCCUAGCCAUGUUGCUGUCCACGCUCCUAGCAAUAACGACACCCAGGAAAGGAUGCUUACGAGUCCGCCCCUGAAAGGGUGGAGAAUAGGACGGGACAUACAGAAUGAACAAAUCGCUGCAAAAUCGACCCCUUAGUUAGCUUAUUGACCCCUCUUUGUUCUCCUCACAUUUUGAGGGUUUUGUUUGUUUAUUUGUUUGUUUUGAGGCCUUUGGUGCUUCAGUAAUAGGUCAUUCACAGCAAGAGCAGUUGGCUCUGCAUCUGCCUGGCAUCACCAGAAAAAUCACAUCUGCCAACACGUCCACUCAUAUAUUGCUAAUCUCAGUUUGGCAUUUCUGAUUGGUUCAGAAUGGUCUGAAGUAUAUUUUCAUUGGUCAAUUCUGUCAAUUAAAUGUUCUCAUAAACAGCAGUAAUCACCAGAGCUCUUAGACUGUCACAGUCAGGAGAGGAGUCUUUUUAUAAAACUGGUCUAGAAACAGUUGUCCAGAUGUAUAUUAAACUAUUAUGCCUUUUCUAUUUUUAUAGAGGUUUUAUACUUCUCCUGAUUACCAGGGUUAUUUAUUGCCUAAAUUAUUUAUCUGCAUUCAGAACGCAGUUGUUUGAAAAGUCAUUAAAACUUCAACAGUAUUUUGUAGAAUUCUAAUGUGACAUUUUGUGAUGACAUUCACAGAUUAUGUUCAGACUUGUUUGAGCCUUUUCAUUUCGCAGAGUGGUGCGUAUACUGUAUUCAUUUUUAUUUUGGUUCAGUGAGUGAACAGAACUACCCUCCUCCCCAGUUCAGACCUGAGCUCUCUUCGUACCCUUGCCCCCUACCCCCUCUCUUCAUACCCCUUGCCCCUCCCCCACCCCAACACUACCUCCUCCAAGCUGUCAGUGCUUGGGAGGUUAAGAGCCCAAGCUGCCUCCCAAGCCCACCUGUGCCUGUGUGAAAGCACCUUAAUAAGGUCCACUGCGAGAGACAGAAGGAGAGUCAGGAAAACCAAACAUGUCCCAGUUCAGGAUAAUGGCCUGAAUUGUGGCACAAUUCAAAGAUUUGAAUUUUGUGGGAGAACUGAUGGACAUUUUUCUGUCUUUUCUUCAAGGAAUGACUACUAGUAAUAAUAUCCGCCACCCUUUUGUUUUUAUCCUGAUUCUAAAGUUAAACCUUUUUUUCAACAAAGUACAGAGUCAUGUCGAAUACGCAGAGCUGGAAUUUAUAAAGAGCGGUCCUACAGCCAAAAGCAGUCGAGGACACAGUGCCAAACUCGGUCAAAAACGCUCUUCUGUUUACCACAUGAUAGGGGCUAUUCAUAUAGAAUUAUACAUAUAUAAAUAUAUAGUCUUAAUUAAAAGUUGUGUAACUUGAGAUGUACUUGUGAACAUUUGAGAUUUACGUCAGGUUUAGAGCUUAUUUAUUUAUUUAUUUAUUACACUGGAGUGUGUGUUUUGUUUUUCUCUCUUUCUCGUCUGUUUUGUGGUUCCGAGAUUGAAAGGCAACGUGCUUUGCUAAGAAGAAACAGUGCCCCAGUGUUUUUUGUGACGCUACCUGUAAGGGUAGUAUUGGGGAGGAAAUAAGACUACCCCAGUUUCCUACAAUCUAAUCUAAUCUUUGUGGCGUGUAUGUGUUUGUGUAUUAAUAUAUCCUCAUGGAGAAGUCCCAUACAAUUCAAAAUUUGAAGCACAAAAAAACCCCCAAAGCUAAGGAUAUUUCAGCUGCAACUGAAAACGGUUGUCGUCAUGACGACAGACUUCUGGCAGACUAUCGAAGCACAACAUGUUCCUCUUGCUGCUGCUGCUGCUGCUGCUGGUCUGUGGGUCACUGUCCUGCUGGUCUGUGGGUCACUGUCCUGCUGGCUGAUAUCCUGAAUCCUCAGUUUGAUAUUUUUAGCAAUCAGUGAAGUUGAGAAGUAUGAAUUAUUGUGAUUAUUAUUUUGAUGAUUAUUAUUAGUAAUUUCUUUUUCGGGGAUUUGGUUUUACUAGCUGUAGUUGUACCUGUGGCCCAAAUCGGGUAUGUUUUUAGCGCAGCCUUGUUCUGUGUGGUGUACGGCUCUGUGUGGUGUUCACUGUGGGCACAUAGUCUUGUGUUUUGUCUCUGUGGUGUCGUGUACUGUACAUUCUCAUCUUAACUGUUCGUCGGCAUGUCGUUCGUGUCGUCAUCCCCACCCCCACCCCCCACCCCUGUGAACUCCCCCACCCCCUCUCUUCUCUCCCACCCCCUCUCUUCUCCUUUGCCCCAUGUUGCAUUCAAUGUUAAGUGUUUUAGGUGAUGUGUGUAUGUGUUUCUCCCCUUCCCCUCCUUACCCCCAUUCUGCAAAGAUAAUCGUUUCUGAUUUUCUUUUUUCCUGUCUCCCUCUUUCCUCUUUUCUGUUGUGGCCUUAACCUCAGUUUGUUCUCCCUGUGUUUCUUUUUGUUUUUAUUCUAGAUCUCUCCGUGCCCGUCUGUUCAUCACUUGCCUAGCAUGUCGAUGUGACGUCAAAAGUUCAUCGUCCAGUCCGUUGUCCUCUGCGCUUCUCUGACGCUUGAAAUUUCACCUUUGACCCCUUUUUUGUUUAACUUUUGACGCUUAUUAAUUAUAAUAGUUUUUUGUUUGUGGAUUUUGUGUGUUCAUCUAUGUUGUUGUUUGUGCUGCCAAGGUGCAUUAGAAAGACUGCUAACUCUAUUAAAAAAUGUAUAAAGUUACAUGAGUAUUGUUACGAGCAAAAAAAAAAAAUCUAUUUUUCUAGAACUUCCGAACAUAACCACUAAAUUUUGCAAAAGCGUUUUAUUUUCAUUUUGUCACUUUGAAUUGCCUUUUUUGCUUCCAUUUUCUCCUUUUAGUCCUCAUUUCCAAGCAGUCUUUCCAGUGCCCUGUUUUUUUUAGUUUCUGUGGUGUCUAAAAGCAGCCAAUCAAUUUAUAGAAUCACCUUUGUGUGCGUGAGUUUUGUAUGGGUGUUUUUUCCUCUAUCUCUCGUUUGUUCUCAAAGAAAAAAGUUUUUAGGAUGUCUUUUGGUCACAUUUUGCUGAUUCUGAGGGUGAUGUUGUAAUUUUGUGCUAGGUUAGUUGGCAUGGUGUACUUUGGGAGUUUCCUAUUAACAAGAGUGGGAUCUACACUACACACGUGAAUUUGCCUUUCUUCUUUCCUUUCGUGUGUCGAGCCAUCACAGGCACAUAAUGUUCUUCAUUUCCUGCCGUGUGAGGCUCAGCAUUAGGUUGAAAGCACAGAACACAGCAGAGUUUUGAGUUCUUCGUCACUGUUAGUGGAGUAUAUACGGUAUAUCUAGCCUGCAUGUUUUUUUUUUUCUGUAACUGCACUGAAAACCUCAGUAUAAUGUGAUUUUAGUUUAUUAUCUUUUUUUUUUUCUUUCCAAAAUCGAAAAACAAAUAAACUAGUGCCAAAAGUUUUGCAUGUUCCUGUUGGUCACAUUUUUCCUCUGUCGUCACCUGAGAAGUUCCACUGGGCAAGAGAUUACAGUGAGUUUUACUGAUGUGAUGUGACCGAUCUAAACAGGCAGGCAAUUCCACCCUGCGUGCGCGCGUGUGCCUGGGUGUGUGUGUGUGUGUGAGUGUGUGUUUAGACUCUUGUCCAACUCUCACCCAAAACCACCACCAACCCCAUAGAGAGGAGUGUGUUUUUAGUUUUGUUUUGUGCUGUGACUAUUGAAGUGAAGUAUUUGUAUCCUUAUUAAGGUGUGUUCAUAUUUUUUUUUUUUUCUUUUCUCUAAAAGAUGUGCCUGUGGAGUCUCUCGACCAAAACACACUACUAAUAAUAGAACCAUUUCUCCAACGCACGUCCUUAUAUCACGUCUGCAACCAGUUUACAAUUUACUUUCCCAGGAUUCACUUGAUUGCCUUCUAUAUUACCGAUAUGAGAUUUCAGUUCAGAUCAGAUGUAUGUAUCAGUUUCUUUUCAAUUGAGACUAAAAUCAUGUCAUAGCUGGUUUAACUGCCACCUUUUUUUAAAGUCAUGCUAUUUGCAAAAAUCAGCCAAUCACGCAAGUCUCCAACCUCCCAGUAGCAUAAACACAUUCCCAUGUCCCUGUUAGUAGUCAGUGGUCUAGUGUCUGUAUCCAGAGUUGACACUGAUGCAGUUGUCAUCUCAACACGAGCAUUCACAGCAUCACAUCACCGCUCAUUGACAAUUCCACAGCCACUCUUUUUUUAUUAUUAUUUUUUGUUUGCUUCUAUCCAUGUCAUUUCAUGACUGUUGUGUUCUGAAACUGGCAUAUUUUGUUUCUUUCUCUUUCUCCUUUUUCUUUUGGACAUCCCACAGCUCAACAAACCUUCUCAUAGAUGUGUAAGACUAGAGUUGCACGUGUGUAACAGUGAUGGCAAGCAUUUGUUGUACUGAUAAUUGGAUUUUAGAUCUUUUCAGUUUAUUUUCAGGUUUUCCUGAUACUUUUUCUGACUAUAAAUAACCUGUGGGAUUUUUUUAUCAUUACUAUUACUGGUACAAAGUGAUUGUAUUUAACGCUAGAAUUUGUACAGUUUUUGCCUUUUCUACUAGGACAAUGUUUCAAAAUGUGAAAUUUAAAUUCAGUUUAGUGAAGCCAUGUAGAUCUUGCCACCAUGACCAAACUUACGUCUGUACCAUAGAUGAGCAAAAAGCUUUACUUAAAAAAAAAUAUCAAAUUCUGUUAAAUUCAAUUACAAUCUAGUGUCUUUGUUGUUUUUAAGUUGUGUGAUUUUGAUGUGACGAAUAGAGAAGAAUGAAUUCAUUAGUUGGCCAACAAAACCAUUUGCUUUUUAAUGUUUUCUGUUGAGACUUUUUUAUUUUGAAUGGGAUGAGACAGUUAUCAAGAUUUCACAUGGAUGUCUCCACAGGAAUACAGCUGAGUGCACACCCAACAAAGCAGUACUUUUGUAAACCAAGUGUGUGAUUCCUUUUUGGUCAGUUUGUUUAUGUACUAUUAAACUGUUUGAGAAAAUCCA